CGAUCAGCAAGCCAACAUAAAGUACAUAAAUACGUAUAUACUUAUGUAGCAUCUAGUUCGAAUACUUUUCCGGGUAUCCACCUUAUUCAUCUGCUUUCUCAGUCAGUUAUACCGUAUUUUUAUUACCGUGCCUAUUUAACCUCGACUUUCACCUACAUAGAUACAUACACGUUACGACACCAUCUGAACAUGGAUCUAUAAAUGUACAUACGCAUUAAGAAGAUCAAGGUUAUUUUUUAUGACUCACUUUUGACACACCUACAAAGAUUUCUUGUUACCUGAAUUUGCACAUUUAGUGAAAUCUGUAGAAAAUUUAAGGAUUUGGCACUUACUAAAAUGUCAUACAAACAGGACAACAAUUUGGUUCUGUUGCAUAUUUUCGAUCUACCGGAACUGGUAAUCCUGCAGAUAUUGGAUAAUCUACUAAACAUUUCUGAUCUCAAAACUCUCAGGCUCGUUUCAUAUGCAUCAAAACACUUGGUUGAAACAUACAUUCCAUUCUAUACAAAAUUCUGGUUAAAAAUAACUGAUUCCAAUUUUACCCAGAUAAUUGAUACUGCAUCUAUACUGAAUUACCGGUUUUGGUCUAAUUUGCAGCUAAAUUUAAACCCCAAUGACUUUGAAACAACUCCUACAUUUUAUAACUUUGUUCACAUUUAUGCUAAACAUGUGAAAGCCUUACAAGUCGUUAACUAUCCCUUUAAAACUUUAAAACUUGAAUUCCUCUCACACUUUACUAACUUGAAUGCCAUAUACUUCACCGGAAUCUGGGCCAUCAACAAUUUCAUCAAUUUUAAUCCACCUGAAAUCUUAAAAACUUGUCUUAUUCAUCUACAUCUCCAAGUUUCCUCUGACGGAUUAAAACCCAAUGAUUUUAAAAAGUUUGGAGAUUUCUUAAAUCACUUUAUUUCUCUUAAAAGUGUAAGAAUAAACUGUAGAGCAAACCAGCAAUUACUUUUCCGUCAGGUCGUACUCUUUUAUGCAAAGCGACAACAAUCCUCUUCAUGUAUUUGUGACUUGGACUCGAAUUUUCUCAGCGACUUUGCAACGUUUCCUAACUCUACAAAUUAUCCAGAAUUGAAAACUUUUUGCGAAAUCUGUUAUGAAAUAAAAUUAGAUCUCUCACACCUUCCACUAUCGACUUUGAACAAACCAGCAAGCUUGACGGACUCAUUUUUCUCUAGCAUCAAAAGUUUACGAACCAUCCUUGUCGGUCACAACGUUACAUUUCCACUCUAUAAAUUGACUAACUUGACUGCAAUCACGAUCCAGAUAAGCAAGUUCAACCACCCAGAAUCAUUCUGGUAUGGGAAUAAUAGCAAACAAUAUUUCUCAAGGGUGGAGACAUUGCCCAAGUUAUCAAAUCUCCAUCUAACUCUCCAUCAAGAUUUCCAAUUCGUAGAACUCGAGAAAUGCAAACAAAUUUUUGGAUAUGAUGGAAACCUGGUGAAAGAGCUCGUCCUAGAAUUACCACCUCCGGAGAAAGUUACCAUCCCAGACAAGGAGGCAUUUCUCCUCACCUUCAUCUCAAAGUUUAAGCGACUAAAAUACUUGAAAAUAAAUAAUAAUUGGUCAAAAUUUCCAAUCCACCUUUUGUCUGUUAGUUUAGAUAAAAUCGAAAUUAUUUAAAUUUGACAAGCAUAUAUAUAUACCUUAAUUAAUUAUUCUCAUGUGUAUCUCUCAAUCUCAA